UUUUGAAGAGAUGGACACGUGAAGCAAGAGAUGGAAUACUAGAGAAGCAUGGUUUAGAUACUCGGGUAUAAAUUGUCAUUACACUCUUUUUUACUCAAUUUAGUGUUCUAAUUUAUUGGUAACUUCUAAUAAAUUCUAUAUAUUCAUUCAAGGGAAUGAUGACAUGGAUGUUACUAAUAGAUAUAGAGAGGUGUGUCCCGAGUUUGUUAAGACAGCAAUCAAGGGGUCACAAACUAUUCAGAGAUAUGAAUUUAUCAAGAAAAUGAUCUUGACCAUAAACAAAUCUCUCGAUGAAAUGCCACUUGGAAGUGAGUCUCGGGGAAAUUUGACAGCUUUAAGUGAAGAUAUGAGACUCCUUGCAAAAUGUACGGGCCUCAAGAAGAAAGAUGGACACAAAGGAGGAAAGCGACAUAAAAACUGUCUAGAGAAGAAUAAAACAAAAAGAAAGAAGCAAGGAGAUGUGCCUCAAGCUUCUUCGCAAGCUUCUUUUGUACCUCAAGUUCUUGCAAAUUACAAUAAGCCUCCGAGUUUUUACAUUAGUUUAUUCAGUAGGUUAGAGGCAUCACAAGACUUGAAUAUGCCUUCCAUGAUAGCACCGUUUGGUGACGAUCCAGAUGUUGUAAAAGAUAUUCCGAUACACUUAUGUGAAUUGGAAAAGAUCAUCUUACCUAGCAAUGUCAAUGACCGGUCGUUCUAACUCUAUUCAGUCUAGUGCUUCUUUUGGGAUUUUUAAAUUUCCUUUUUUCAAUUC